AUGGCGUCUGCGAGGAUUUGUUACGGAGGAGGAGGCAGCGCAUGCGCCGUUCGAUGUGAUCGGCGAACGAUGACCGCUCGAUCGUCAACGUGUGUGGUUCCGGUGGCUAAUCGGCGGAAUCGGUGUGAGAUCGGGAAGAUUUCGAUGACGAUGGCGGAUUUGGCACCGACUCCGGCGGUGAAGCUUGAACGGACGAAUAUCGGUGAAAGGAAACGCGGCGGAUCGGUCGUGUCGCGGGAAAAGCUCGACGAGUGGUUGAGAGAUUCGGUAGUUGAGAUCGUGAAGAAUCUUAGAGAAUCUCCGUUGUUGGUGCACUUAUACGCGGAGGCGAAUGGAGCUUUGACUACAACCGCCACGAGUCCGGAGGCGGAGGAUUGGCCGGCGUUGGAAGGAAGGUGGGAUAGAGGAGAAGAGAGGACGCCGGAGGGAGUAAUACUCGUGGAGAAGCUCGCGGACGAUGAAGUAGCUGAUCAGGAAUUGGAAGGAGAUGAUUACGGCGGCGCGUGUGGGGAGAGUACAAGAGCGUGGGGGAUAGUGGCGCAGGGAAGAGGAACGGAUUGUAGUCCGGUUUGCUACCUAUUGAAAACGACCCGGGUCGGAUCGGGUAUGGGCACGGUUUGUACUCAUUUCUGUUUGGUGAAAGUCAAGAGUUUUAGGGAGACGACUGUUUCGCAGUUGAACAACUCCUGGUUGGUGCAAACUGGUCAAUGA